GAAAACCUUAUUCAUCUUCUGGCUAAAGUGAAAAUAAGGAGGCCAGAUAAUUAGAUGAAAGUUUCACUGGCAUGUACAAGGAAUUCAUUUUAAGUUGACAAAAUAUUUUACUUUUGGCUAGAUCCAAUAUGAUAGAGUCCAUACAGAAAAUUUAUAAUACUUGAAAUUUACUAUGUUACAUAAGAAAUUAUGGACAUAAAAAUUUAAGGGUUAUGCAGUUUUCACACAUGAAACAAAAUAUUUUUUAAUGAUUUAAGAAUACAAAAUAUUCUAAACUUCAACUGUAAAACAUAGUAGAUUUGGCAUAUGAGCUAUAAUUUAGUGACUUUUAUGUUAUGGAUUAACAUUGGGAGGUUAUCAAAAGCUAUAUUAUUUGUAUAUAUGUUUCCAAGUUUAGAGGCUUUUUACAUGUCCUGAAUGAAUCUGUAUGCCCUGAAUUUGGCAUUCAAGUGUAUAUCAUAUAUAAUGGAGAAAAGAAUAGUUUAUUAUCAUUAACAUGGUUGAUUAAUCAUAUUAUUUAACCAACCAUAUUAACCUAUUAAUUAACUUAUAUUAAUCAACCCAUAUUAACCAAAUUAGUCAACUUAAUAUGGUUGAUUCUGUGAGUAUUUUGGAGGUUUUAUUAUGACCUCUGUUUAAUUAAUAUUAUUAUUACUAUUAUUAGUGGGCUGCUAUUUGUAACUAGGUGCAAAGAAGCUAGUCAGUUACAAGCAUUUACUCUGCUAUCUCUCCUUUAGUAGUACUAAACUUUCAAAUUUUGGAGUCAAGCCUAGAUUUUAGUUUUGUCACAUGUGUGGCUUCAUAUGUCAUUCCUCUGAGAUUUAGUGGAAUGUGAGUUCUCUUGGCCAAGUCAUAUACGUGUGCAAAUGAUAGAAAUUGCAGCAAUUGCAAUCGUGUCUGACAUUUACCAGUAGGGCUUAGUAUUUAACAAGUAAUAUUUUUUUCUUAAGCAGGUAUACUAUUCCAUUAAUUAUUUUAGAAUUUCAUAUAUGAUACAAUGCAUUUUGUUCAUCUUCACCUCCUGUUUUUCUUCCUACCUCUUCCAAAAUCUACCGAAAUAGUCUAAGCACUUGUAAUUCUUAAAUCAUGAGAAUUCUGAAAUAUACCACCAUCCUAAGGAUGAGGAAGCUGAGACACAGAAAGGCUAAGAAGCGAGCAGCUGCAAAGCAUCUAAUAGAGCGCUACUACCAUCAGUUAACUGAGGGCUGUGGAAAUGAGGCCUGCACGAAUGAGUUCUGUGCUUCCUGUCCAACUUUUCUUCGUAUGGAUAACAAUGCAGCAGCUAUUAAAGCUCUUGAGCUUUAUAAAAUUAAUGCAAAACUCUGUGAUCCUCAUCCCUCCAAGAAAGGAGCAAGCUCAGCUUACCUUGAGAACUCAAAAGGUGCAUCUAACAACUCAGAGAUAAAAAUGAACAAGAAGGAAGAAUUUAAAGAGGUGGAAUACCUAACUGAAGAGAAAGUAUAUGAAAUUUAUGAAUUUUGUAGGGCGAGAGAGGAUUACUCCCCUUUAAUUCGUGUAAUUGGAAGAAUAUUUUCUAGUGCUGAGGCACUGGUUCAGAGCUUUCGGAAAGUCAAACAACACACUAAGGAGGAAUUGAAAUCUCUUCAAGAAAAGGAUGAAGACAAGGAUGAAGAUGAAAAGGAAAAAGCUGCGUGUUCUGCUGCUGCUAUGGAAGAAGACUCAGAAGCAUCUUCUUCAAGGAUGGGUGAUAGCUCACAGGGAGACAACAAUGUACAAAAAUUAGGUCCUGAUGAUGUGACUGUGGAUAUUGAUGCUAUAAGAAGGGUCUACAGCAGUUUGCUCUCUGAUGAAAAAAUAGAAACUGCCUUCCUGAAUGCACUUGUAUAUCUGUCACCUAAUGUGGAAUGUGAUUUGGCAUAUCAUAAUGUGUACACUCGAGAUCCUAAUUAUAUCAAUUUGUUCAUUAUUGUAAUGGAAAAUAGCAAUCUCCACAGUCCUGAAUAUCUGGAAAUGGCAUUGCCGUUAUUUUGCAAAGCUAUGAGUAAGCUACCCCUUGAAGGUCAAGGAAAACUGAUUAGGCUGUGGUCUAAAUACAGUGCUGACCAGAUUCGGAGAAUGAUGGAAACAUUUCAGCAACUUAUUACCUACAAAGUCAUAAGCAAUGAAUUUAAUAGCCGAAAUCUAGUGAAUGAUGAUGAUGCCAUUGUUGCUGCUUCAAAGUGUUUGAAAAUGGUUUACUAUGCAAAUGUAGUGGGAGGGGACGUGGACACAAAUCAUAAUGAGGAAGAUGAUGAAGAGCCUAUACCUGAGUCCAGUGAAUUGACACUUCAGGAGCUUCUGGGAGAGGAAAGAAGAAAUAAGAAAGGUCCUCGAGUGGAUCCACUAGAAACCGAAAUUGGUGUUAAAACUCUAGAUUGUCGAAAACCACUUAUCUCCUUUGAAGAAUUCAUUAAUGAACCACUGAAUGAUGUUCUAGAAAUGGACAAAGAUUAUACUUUUUUCAAAGUUGAAACAGAGAACAAAUUCUCUUUUAUGACAUGUCCCUUUAUAUUGAAUGCUGUCACAAAGAAUCUGGGAUUGUAUUAUGACAAUAGAAUUCGCAUGUACAGUGAAAGAAGAAUCACUGUUCUUUACAGCCUAGUUCAAGGACAGCAGUUGAAUCCAUAUUUGAGACUUAAAGUCAGACGUGACCAUAUUAUAGAUGAUGCACUUGUCCGGCUAGAGAUGAUCGCUAUGGAAAAUCCUGCAGACUUGAAGAAACAGUUGUAUGUGGAAUUUGAAGGAGAACAAGGAGUAGAUGAGGGAGGCGUUUCCAAAGAGUUUUUUCAGUUGGUUGUGGAGGAAAUCUUUAAUCCAGAUAUUGGUAUGUUCACAUAUGAUGAAGCUACAAGAUUAUUUUGGUUUAAUCCAUCUUCUUUUGAAACUGAGGGUCAAUUUACUCUGAUUGGCAUAGUCUUGGGUCUGGCUAUUUACAAUAACUGUAUACUGGAUGUCCAUUUUCCCAUGGUUGUGUACAGGAAGCUAAUGGGGAAAAAAGGAACGUUUUGUGACUUGGGAGACUCUCACCCAGUUUUAUAUCAGAGUUUAAAGGAUUUAUUGGAAUAUGAAGGGAAUGUGGAAGAUGAUAUGAUGAUCACUUUCCAGAUAUCACAGACAGAUCUUUUUGGUAACCCAAUGAUGUAUGAUCUAAAAGAAAAUGGUGAUAAAAUUCCAAUUACAAAUGAAAACAGGGAGGAAUUUGUCAAUCUCUAUUCAGACUACAUUCUCAAUAAAUCUGUAGAAAAACAAUUCAAGGCAUUUCGCAGAGGUUUUCAUAUGGUGACUAAUGAAUCACCCUUAAAAUACUUAUUCAGACCAGAAGAAAUUGAAUUACUUAUAUGUGGAAACCGGAAUCUCGAUUUCCAGGCACUAGAAGAAACUACAGAGUAUGAUGGUGGCUAUACAAAGGAAUCUGUUGUGAUUAGGGAGUUCUGGGAAAUUGUUCAUUCGUUUACAGAUGAACAGAAAAGACUUUUCCUGCAGUUUACAACAGGCACAGACAGAGCACCUGUUGGAGGACUCGGAAAAUUGAAGAUGAUUAUAGCCAAAAAUGGCCCAGACACAGAAAGGUUACCUACAUCUCAUACUUGCUUUAAUGUCCUUUUACUUCCGGAAUAUUCAAGCAAAGAAAAACUUAAAGAGAGAUUGCUGAAGGCCAUCACAUAUGCCAAAGGAUUUGGCAUGCUGUAAACAAAACAAAAACAAAAAGAAAAAAAGAAAAAAAUCAAAAAACUUAAUAAAUAUAAGAGGGAUAAUUUGAUGGUAAUAGUGUCCCAGUUCAACAAGGCUAUAAGAUAGUGAACCACAGUAGUCAUCUAUGUCUGUGCCUCCCUUCUUCAUUGGGGACAUUGUGGGCUGGAACAGCAGAUUUCAGCUGCAUAUAUGAACAAAUCCUUUAUUAUUAUUAUAAUUAUUUUUUUGCGUGAAAGUGUUACAUAUUCUUUCACUUGUAUGUACAGAGAGGUUUUUCUGAAUAUUUAUUUUAAGGGUUAAAUCACUUUUGCUUGUGUUUAUUACUGCUUGAGGUUGAGCCUUUUUGAGUAUUUAAAAUAUAUAUACCAACGAAACUAUUCUCGCAAGGAAAACAUUGCCACCAUUUGUAGACCAUGUAAUCUUCAAGUAUGUGGGUUUUUUUUGUUUGUUUGUUUUUUUUUUGUUUUUGUUUUUUUUUUUUGUCCCUGUAUCUAAGUCAAAUCAGAACUUUUUUUUUUUUUUUAACCAUUUGCUUUGAAACUUGAAGUUAAAAGGAAACAGUGUGGUGCAAGUACUGCUGUUCUAGCCCCAAGGAGUUUUCUGUACAAAAUUUUGAGAAUCAAUAAAGAUGGAAGGGAGAAUUUGGAAUGUUUGAACCACAUCCCUCAGAACUUUAGUAACAGCACAACAAAUUAAAACAACUCAUGCCACAGUACGUUGUCUUCAUGUGUCUUGCAAUGAACUGUUUCAGUAGCCAAUCCUUUUAGUAUAUGAAAGGACAGGGAUCUUUUUUAUUGUUGUUGUUGUUGUUGUUGUUGUUGUUGUUGUUUUUGUUGUUUAAGUUUACUGGGGAAAGUGCAUCUGGCCAAAUGAUAGGAUAGUCAAGCCUACUGCAACAAAAUUAGAAAGUUUGUUGUAUAAAUAAGCAUGUAAAAGUGCACUUAAAAUGAAUCUUUAUUAUUCCCGAGAUUUUAAAUAGACAAUCCAAAGUCUCCCCUUCUCUUGCCAUCAUCUUGUUUAAUCAACUAUUUUUCAAGGCACUCGAUCAGUGUUGCAGCAUAAUAGAAAGUCCAGCUACUGUGCCUUGUGUUAUUUAUUUACACAGUAAACAGGCCUGGAAAUGAAUGGAACUAGUACUCCUGAGAAUUAAAUUGUAUAUCCUCCAAAUUAAAAUUUACUUCAAAAGUGUUAAAGAAUUCAUGUCCUAUAUAUAAAAUACAAAUAGGCUUAGAUUGCUGGACAUUUAAUGUAGUUUCCCAUCCCUAGUCUUUUAUGUUUGUGAUGUUAAUUUCUUUUGUUGCAUAACAAAAUAAAAGAAUUAUGUAUUUUUAACUAAGGAGAGACAUACUGGUAUAUCAUUUUACUACAAGCUACAGAUAUCCUGUUGAGCUUGUGCCUUGAUUGUUUUAACAACUAGUACAAAUCAACCUGAUGUUUUAAAUUGGCAGGGAAUAAUUAAUUGUAGCUUUCAAAUCAUUGGAAGGGGAAAAGGAUGUCUUUUAGGAUUAUUUUCCUUCUUGUAGUAGUUGAGGCAGAGCUAUUAUUUACUGUAAUGCUAAAUGAAACAGUGGCUUAAAUACUUUAAUGGGAAAAAAGAACACAGUGCGUUCCAUAUUGUGAUAAGGUAAUGCGAGGUUUUUCCUUUUUUUUCUGAGCUAGCCUUUAGAACACUGUUGUGGUAUGUAUGCUACCUUGAUUAUAGGACCCCCUAAAUGUGACUAUAGUCAUCGUAAUGGGCAUCUAGUCCACUGUGCUUCUUAUGUAUUAUGAAAGUGAUAAGAAGACAAAUUAAGUGGGUAUAUUUUAUAAAAUAAAUUCAUGAAGAGAUUUGUGUUCUUCAGUUCUCAAGUUUAUUAUCACUACAGUAUUGAAGUAGUUGUGAUACUAUAUCUGUGUGAAAGUUUUGAAAUGAUAAUAUAGAUUAUCAAACAGAAGUAACAUCAGUAUAUUUAAAAGAAAGUGAAAGCAAAUAAACCUAAAAUGUUUUCAGAGGUAAAAAUACAUUCUCACUUGCUUCCUAGUCAGUUUUUCUUGGCAUGUUGCCACAUUAUUAUGGCUGCCUUUUCAUCAUUGCUUUUCUAGAUUGUCAUGGAACAAUAUUUCCGAGUUAAAAAAAUACCUCUUACUAUAGUAGAACAUAUCAAACUUACAGCAUAAAAGCACAGUCUGGAGCAAAAUUUUUCUGGAGACUUGGCAGCUGCAGCAAACAAAUUGAGUGUCUGUACAUAUUGUGGUCUAUAAGUUAAUUGUGUGAUCAAAUUCAUUUGUAAUAACCUUACCUUUAUUUGGAAGUACAUCCCUGUGUAGGAACGUAUAUAUCAAAAGAAACUUAUAAAUGAGGCUUCAGAGAACCUGUUCAUAUUGACGUGUGGCACAUGCAUCACUGGGCAGCAUCACUCCCUGUUUCCAUAAGGUGGCUAUGCUGAAAUCAACCUCUUAAAGAAUUAUUUUCUCAAGAAUCCAUAUAACCUAGAAAAAGAAGUGUUUUACUGAGGCUACUCUUUCUGAUGUUCAUCCUUUAACUUCUUAUCCCAAGGCUUAUUUUUAUCCUUUCUACCCUUCCCAGGCCCCCCAGAAUUAAAUAAUUGAUGAUGAUGAUGAUGAUGAUGAUGAUGAUGAUGAUGAUGAUGAUGAUGAUGAUGAUGAUGGUGAUGAUGAUGAUAGUAACUUCCAUUCUCUUAUCUUUUCUUCUCUUACUCAAUGUCAGAGUGUAAAACAACCCCUGGUGUUUGGUGGGGAAAAUAUUUACACAAUACAGACAAAGGCCUUUUUUUUCUCUUCCCCUUUCAAAUCAGAAAAUAGACUUUAAUAACAGUUACAAGAAGGUUUGGGUGUAUGUAUGUACUGCAUUUCUCUAUGUAAAGGCUGCUAAUCCAGGGAUAUUUCACUGAAAAUAUACUUGGAAUGAUACUAAUAGUUUCCAUUUGCCAGAAUAAAGAACUCUUGUUUUUAACCCGUGAUAGGUUGAGGUAAAGCUUCCUGAAAGGCUUACUUUUCCAUCCCAACUCAUAGACUCCUUGUGUGGGUAUUCUGCUGAUUAUACUUAGAAUUAAUUCCUCUGAACUUUCUGUUCAACCUCAAUAAUUCCCAAAGAUUUUUCUCUCGUUUCAUAUCUUGUGGGUCUCAUAUCUCAUAUCAAAUCAGACCCGCAUUUCUAGUACAUCAUCCUGGUACCUCAAAGUAAGUGUAGUACAAAACAGUACCUAUAAAAACAAAAUUCUUAAUCUUGUAUCUCCUAGCCAUUUUUUGUUACUACCUUUAAAACUGUCAAUUUUGAGGCCUGGUGAGGUGGCUUAGUGGGUAAAGGUGAUCACUAUACAAAACUUGACCUGAAUACUCUGCCUAGACCCUACAUAAACAUAGAAGGAAAGAACUCCACAAAGUUGUCCUCUGACCUUUCUACAUGUACCAUGUCUUUUGCUGUUCUCUACCCUCUCACAGUUUAUGCAUAUAUAGGUUGUCAGUUAUUUUCUCUCAAACCUAUUUAAUUUUACUUUAUUUCAGGGCCAAAUCCUUUGAUUUACUCAGGUUAUUUUCCUAACUGAACUACUACUACUAAUUCUUUUCAUUUUUGUUUUUUGGUAUGUAUGGGUACUUCCCCUUCAAAUAACUUGUACAGAUGGAUUUCUGCAUACUUUCCUAGUGCCUCCUGUUCACCAGCAUCCCUUUACAUCCCUACUCAAAAUUCCUUUACUUAGAUUUUCUUUAUACAACACACAUAUUCUUUCAGUUGGACUUUUGAAAGUACCAUGCUCAAAAAGACUUCUCUCCUUAGUGUAAUAGCAGCCUGCAUAUCCCUAGUGAAUCACAUUUAUGGAACAGUUGAGGAGGCCUUCAGAAGUGUGUGUCCUUCCUUUUUUUCUGUGUGUUUUAGCUUUGAUAUUGUCCCAUUAUUAUUUUGCUUAAAGCAUUUUCUUUUAUGGAAUCUGAGUAAAUUCAUAGUGGAAAUUACCUUGUACUGAUCCCUCUGUCUCUUAGGUAGUAGGCAGAUACUCAUUAAUCAAGAAAUAUACACGUUUCUUGAAUAGAUUUUCUGCAAUCACAGUAUCAGCUCCUGGAAAAAGGAGUCAGUGAGUUGGAAAAGAUGAGAUCAUUGAAAGCAAGACAGUUUUUUAACUCUACAUCUUGACUUCUGGUGUACUCUGGCAAUCUAGACCACCUUCCUAUGUCACUCACACUCUCUUUUAUCCCAGCAGACAUGGCAACUGAUACCUUAAGUCUUUCUGCUGUUGCUAACUAGCCCCUCAAAUUCUCAUGGAGGAAUCAUCUAGACUCUGUUCUCUGUAAAUAUGUGAGUCAUAUUUAACAUUUUCUUGAACAGUAAAGUACAAAGUCCUGUAAAUUCUGACAAGAACUUUCAGUGACUGCCAAAUGCUUGUGCUCAUGAUCCUUCAUUUUCACAAAAUAGAUGAGUCACUGUGACUUGAGGUUAUAAACCUUACCAAAAGUCAUACCGACAAGAAAAGGGAUGACAAAUGCUAAGAGGGUGGGUCCACAUGACCAUCUAAAAUUUGUCAUCUUUCUUUUGCAAAAUCAAAGAACUAAAUUAAACAACAAAUUAAGAUGCUUAAGCUGACAUGCAUGGAACCUGGGAUCAUUAUCCUGAUUUUCGAUUACCCAAUUACACAUAGAAAAAAUGAUAGGGAAGGUAGCUGGAAUACAGUACACAUUGGUUGAGGUUGUAGCCUUCAGUCAAAUGACUCUGAAUCUUAGUAUUGGCCCUGUAAUUCCCUUGACUUGGAUUAUUCCCACUCCUACCUUAUCUCUGGUUAUGUGGCUUCAGUAGAAUUACCUUGCAGGUGGUAACUAACAUCUUGGAAAACAUCCUGAGAGCAGUUCUCCCAGCAUUUGCUUGUUAACUUGAGAGAGAGAGAGAGAGAGAGAGAGAGAGAGAGAGAGAGAGAGAGAGAGAGAGAGAGAGAGAGAGAAGAGAAUGCCUGUAAUAAAGACUUAUUUUGGAAUAGUUGACCUUAUAUCAUCCAAGUUGAAGAAUUGUGUUUUCCCAUAUCUUUGAGAUAAAAUCCACAUAGUAUAAAGUUUACCAAUUUAAAGUGUAAAGUUUGUGGUUACAGUAUAUUCACAGAUUUGUGAAAUUGUCUUUAUAUAAUUCCAGAGCAUUUUCAUCGCUGUAAAAAGUUUUCUGUACCCAUGAAGAGUGACUGCCUGUUCUUAACCCUCAACCCCUGGCAACUACUCAUCUUCGUAUGCUUAUGAAUUUACCUAUUUUGGACAUUUCAUGUUAAUGGAGCCAUACAAUAUGUGGCCUUUUUGUCUGUUUUGCCACCUUCCCCAAAGUAAUGAGUUCAAACUACAUCUGUGUUGUAGCAUGUACUGGUACUCUUUCUUUUGUGGCUGAAUAUUGUCAUAUUGAUAUACUGUAUCUUUUUUUGCUUGUUCUUUUGGUUGUGGAUACUUGUGUUCUUUCUGCUUUGCAUAUUAUGAAUACUACAACUGUGAACACUUUGUGUACAUGUUUUCAUUUCUCUUAUGUCUUAAGCAUCUUAUGGUUUUAGUUCGUAAAUUUAGGUCUUUGAUCCAUUUUUGCAUGUGGUGCAUUGUAGGUGUCCAGUUUCAUUCUUGAAUAUGUGGAUAUCUAGUAGAACAAUACCUAAUUGUUAAAAAUACUAAUAAUAAUUUCUUUAUGAAUGGGCUUGGUAUCCUUGUCAGAAACACAUAUAAAAGUGACUAAUAUAAAUAUGGCUAGUUUUGGACUCUUCAACUUUAUUCCAUUGUCCUGUGUGUCUCUCUUCUUGUGCCAGUACCAUACUGUCUUAAUUACUGUAGCUAUAUAGUAAGCUUUGAAUUUAGGAUAUAUUAGGUCUCUAGCUUUGUUCUACAUCAAGAUCAUUUUACCUAUUCUGAGUCCCUUGCAGUCCACAUGGAUUUUAGGAUUUAUUUAAUUUCUACAUAAAAAGCAUCUGUGAUUUUGAUAGUAUUUGUGUUGAAUCAAUACAUCAGAUUGAAGUAUGGUGGUAUUUUAACAGUAUUAAAUUUUCUAAUCCAUAAACAUGGAGUGUCUUUCCAUUUAUUUAGGUUUGUAAUUUCCUUUAAUGUUGUUCUUAUAGAUUUCAGUGUAUACAUCUUGGCUUUUUUGGGUUAAAUGUUUUUCACUUGAUGCUAUUAUAAAACAACUUUUUUAAAAAAAAUAUUUGUUUGGAUUACUCAUUGUACAUCUAGAAAGAAUUGAUAUUCGUGUAUUAACCUUACAUACCAUAGCUAUUCUGAACUGAUUUUGUUUUUAAAAUUUUUUAUAUAAGAUUGUGCAUCUGUGAAUAUAAAUACUUUUGUUUCCUCUCCAAUCUGAAUUAUUUUUAUUUGAUUUCCCUGCCUAAGUGCCCUGGCUAGCACAUCCAGUAUAUAGAAGUAAAUAGAAGUGGCAAGAGUGUACAACUUUUCUUGUUUCUGAUUGUAGUGGGAAAGCUUUAGGCCUUUCACCAUUAAAUAUGUUGUUAGCUGUGGGAUUUUCAUAGAUGCUGCAAGUUGAGAAAUAUUCCAUCUAUUCCUACCUUACUGAGUCUUUUUUUUUUUUUAAUCAAAAAGGGUAUUGAAUUUUGUCAAAUGCUUCUGUAUCUAAAAAGGUUGUCAUGUAGUUUUUGUCCUUUAUUGAUAUGUUGUAUUACAUUGAUGGAAUUUUUGUAUUGAACGAACCUUGCAUUCCUGGAAUAACCCCACUUGUCUAUGCUAUAUAAACCAUUUUCUAUGCUGCUGGA